UCCCAGCAGUUCCUGGGCUUUCCUUUUCCUGCCUCUGGAAUAUCCCGGCGCUGAAUUGGCUGAGAUGGGCGAGGGUGGCCGGCGAGGAGCGGAGUGAUUGGCCGGGCUGGGAAAUAGGUGUGUGCGCGGGCGAGGGGGCGCAUGAGCGCUGCAGCCCCAGGACGGAGGUGGGGGUGCCUGAGUUGCAAGAGCGAGAAACUCUGCGGAGGAGCCUCCGAAUCGCACCGCGCGCAAAUGCAGAGCCCAGUGAGCUUUGAAGAUGUGGCCGUGUAUUUCACGAAGGAGCAGUGGGCACUGCUGGACCCAAACCAGCGCGCCUUGUACAAGGAGGUCAUGAUAGACAAUUAUGGGAAUGUGGCCUUGUUGGGAUUUGGGACUUCCAAGCCUGGCCUUGUCUCCCGCUUAGAACAAGGGGAGGACCCUUGCGUGCCAGAUUCGCAGACCAUUGAUGGGAGGAAGAUCUUUGACACCAGCUCAGACAACCCUCGGAAAAAGCAUUUAUGCACUGUGUGUGGGAAACGUUUUACCCAGAAACCGAACCUUACCAGGCACCUGAGAAUUCAUACAGGAGAGAAACCGUACAAAUGUUUGGAAUGUGGAAAAUGCUUUGGCUGCCAUUCACACCUUAUGAGCCACCAGAUUGUCCAUACAGGAGAAAAACCCUACAAAUGUUUGGUGUGCGAUAAAUACUUUGGCCGCAAAGCACACCUUGCCAGGCACCAGGGGAUCUAUGCUGGAGAGACGCCUUACAAGUGUUUGGAGUGUGGCAAGCAUUUUGCGUGCCAGUCGCAACUGGUGAUCCACCGGAGGUACCACACUGGGGAAAAGCCCUACAAGUGCCUGGAGUGUGAGAAGUGCUUUGCUGACCCCUCGGCCCUCGUGAGUCACAAGAGAAUCCAUGCAGUAGAGCGAUCUCACAAGUGCUUAGAGUGUGGGAAAAGUUUUGUACAACAGUCUCACCUUCUGAAACACCAGCGAGUGCACACGGGGGAGAAGCCAUAUCAGUGCCCGGAGUGUGGGAAAUGUUUUGCUGACCGUUCUGUCUUUGCAAAACACCAGAGGGUCCACACUGGAGAACGACCAUAUAAAUGCGCAGAGUGUGGAAAAACUUUUGCGCGCCAGGAACACCUUGGGAGCCACCGGAGGGUCCACACGGGGGAAAAACCAUAUAAAUGCUUGGUGUGUGGGAAGUCGUUUGCCCGUCAGUCCCAUGUUGUUAGCCACCAGAGAGUCCACACAGGGGAGAAGCCUUGUAAGUGCUUAGAGUGCGGAAAAUGUUUCUCCGAGCGCUCCACGUUUGUGAGACACCAAAGAAUUCACACGGGGGAGAAACCUUAUCGAUGCUUGGAUUGUGGGAAAUGCUUUGGCUCCCCUUCACACCUUACAAGACAUCACAGACGCCACACGGGUGAGAAACCCCAUCGGUGCUUGGAGUGUGGGAAAGCAUUUGCCGACCGCUCAGCCUUUGUAAAGCACCAGCGGGUUCACACGGGCGAGAAACCCUAUAAAUGCACAGAAUGCGGGAGAUGCUUUGCUAACCGGACACACCUCGUCACGCACCAGCGUGUUCACACAGGAGAGAAACCCUAUGCCUGCUUGGAGUGUGGGAAGAAAUUUAGAAGAAGUGCUAGCCUUGUCAUCCACCAGAGAGUCCAUACAGGCGAGAAACCUUACAAAUGCUCUGUGUGUGGGAAAUGCUUUGCUGACCGUUCAACUGUUGCAAAACACGAGAGAAUCCACAGUGGAGAGAAACCGUAUAAAUGUCUGGACUGCGGGAAAUGCUUUUUUACCAAAGCGGAGCUGGUGAUUCACCAGAGAGUCCACACAGGAGAAAAGCCCUACAGAUGCCCCGAGUGUGAGAAAUGCUUUGCUCAGCAUUCACAACUGGUAAGUCACCGGCGCAUUCACACUGGGGAGAAACCGUAUAAAUGCCUGGACUGUGGGAAAUGCUUUGCUCACCAGUCACCUUUCAUGAGCCACCGGAGAUUCCAUACAGGUGAGAAGCCGUAUAAAUGCUCAGACUGUGGAAAGUGUUUCAUUCAGCAAUCGCAACUUGCAAGCCACCGGAGAGUCCACACUGGAGAAAAGCCCUACAAGUGUGUUGAGUGUGGGAAAUGCUUUGCUCAGCCAUCAGCUUUCAUGAAUCACCGCCGGACACACACAGGGGAGAAGCCUUACAAAUGUCUGCAGUGCGGCAAAUGCUUUGGUCAGCAACCACAUCUUAUCAGCCACCAGAAACUUCAUACAGGGGUGAAGCCCUAUAAAUGCUCAGAGUGUGAGAAGAGUUUUGCUGUCCUCUCGAGUCUUACAAGCCACCAGAGAGUCCACACAGGAGAAAAGCCAUACAAAUGCUUGGAGUGUGGGAAGUGCUUUUCUGCCCAGUCUGUGCUUGUGACCCACCAGAGACUGCACACAGGGGAGAAACCGUUCCAGUGCUUGGAUUGUGGGAAACGUUUUACUGACAGCUCGACUUUUGUGAAACACAAGAGGAUUCACUCAGGCGAGAAGCCCUAUAAGUGUUUGCAGUGCCAGAAAUGUUUUGCUGGGCAUUCAUCUUUCGUGCAACACACAAGAGUGCACAGCGGGGAGAAACCCUACACAUGCACUGAGUGUGGGAAAUGCUUCCCUUACCGCGCAGAUCUCGUGCGACACAGAAGAGUCCACACGGGAGAGAAGCCUUACAAAUGCCUGGAGUGUGGGAAAUGUUGUACCGACACCACAGCUUAUGUGAAUCACCUCAGAGUCCAUACAGGAGAGAAACCCUAUAAAUGUUUGGUGUGUGGGAAAUGUUUUGCAUAUUCUUCAGGAUUUGUGACUCACCGGAGAAUCCAUACAGGGGAGAAACCCUAUAAAUGCUCCAAGUGUGAGAAGAGUUUUGCUGACCGUUCAGCCUUUUCUCGGCAUCUUAAAGUCCAUAGGGGACAGAAAACUUAGA